AUGGCCAUGCACGAGGAGAUCAAGGGUCGCGUCGAGGGGUACUUCUUGCACUCUCUCUUGGCGGGCCUGGUCACCGCGAUAACUGCCACGAGGAUCACGAGUGACAUUCUGGACGAGUUCACCAAGGACGCGACGCCGCAGGACAACGCGCUGGCACACUACAGCGACCUUGUUGUGAACCUCGCGGAUGCCGCCCCAGCCAAUUUGGAGGAACUCUACAACACAGCAGCCGUGAACAACGACUGGAGCGGCCUCCCAGCGCCGCACAGUUUCAAGAGUCCACCCCCAGCAGACACCCAGCUCCAGUUCGCUACUUUAGACGGCCAGGGCGGCGCCAAAACGACCCUCAAACACAUCGUCCUCAAGAGCCCCGAACGCAAGAUGAAGCUCGGGCCCUUCAAGGAGCUGGCCCGCGGGGCGCCGCGGAGGUUGAUUUUCGCGCAUCGGAAGAUCGGCACGAAGGUCUGGCAAUGCGUUUUCGAAGACCUCGGCGGCAAACAGUUUCGCCAACUAUCCCUCUCGCCCGAAACCGUGGCGAAGGCCACCCAGAACGCGCUGCACGAGACGAGCGACGAGGAGAUCAACGCUGGCUUCGACAACAUCACCAACGAGGCCCCGAAGUCCACGACGAUCGCAACGAGGGCAGGGGCGCCCCUCCACGGAUGGCACGUCGGCCUCGUUGAGAAGCCCCUGCGCUCUUCGGCGGCGGAGGGCGCUCUGGCGAAGAAGGAGUCCGGUAACAACGUGACCCUCUGCGACGGCCACUUCAACCUCCGCGCUCUCGAAGCCAUGACGGGGCCCAUCAACGGCAACGAUUCGCUCGCCCUCAUUGGGGGGCCCAACGUCGGCAAGACACCUCUCGGGCGCGCGUGCUUGAUGGCAAUGCGCCGCAGGAACGCGAGCGCAAACGGGUGGGAUCCCGCGCGCUGCUCCAUCCGCGCGACGUCUGAGAUCGACUUCCUGCGCGGCGAGCCAGGCGACAUUCUGAUGGGGGGGUUCGCUGACGACGGGCGCUCGAACCUCCUCCCGCCGAAGAUGGCGAAGGCCUUGCUGGACGCCGGCCAGUGCGAGAGCAUGUGCUGGGCCAAGUGGGGCGCGACGAAGUGGAAGAAGGGGGGGCCUCGGCGCAUGGCUGACCAGACCUACGGCCCGAAUGCCGAGGAGCUAGACCGUUGGCCCUCCGCGACGUUCCAGGAGUUAGCGACCCGCGCAUGCAUGCUGGCUUUCUUCAAGCGCUCUGCGUUUCUUGCGAACACGCAGGAAUACCUACACUGGCGCCCAGCAGGCACCGAGGAGAGCGAUGCGCCGCGCAUCAAUUUCAAGGGCGAGACCUUCCUGACAGCCGGGGGGGAGCGCCUGCGCCAGCUGCAGGAGGACGGCGACACGACGCCGCCCGACAACAUCGACCAGCUCUUGGAGAAGGGGCGGCCCCUCGUCGAUUCCGCCGUGGAGAAGAACCGCAAGAAGUCAUCGGACGCGGCCGUCGGCGCCUUGCCAGCCCCUUCGUUCGCCCAGGCAAAGCGAGAGCCUGUGCCCCCUGAGCGCCUGAGGUACCGGAAGCGUCUGCUCUCGGGGAUGACGCUCAACGUCGACAGCCCAUCCCCCUCCGAGCACCAUGCCGCGGCGUCGCCCUCUGCAUCUGGGCCCGCGGCCCCGCCCCGCGGCGAUCUCGACGCCCAGCUCUCGCAGAUGCUGGCCGAGGACGGGGCGCCCGCGGCUCCUACGACGCCCUCGGCCGAGGAGGAGAAUGAGGCGCGCGCCUUCCUCGGGAGCAUGGCCCAGAGUCGGCGAGCGCAUCUCGGCGACCAGGCGCCAGGGCCCACGGCGAAGUCGGCGAUGAAGUCCGCCGCGAAGGCCGCCGCGAAGCCCGCCCCGAAGACCGCCAUCAAGCCGAAGAAACGCCCGCCCACGAGGCGCCCAGAGUCCAAAUGGGAAGCCCACUUCAAGAAGCACGUGAAGAUCUCCGCCUGCGCUUCGUCUGGCAAGAUGUUAAAACCUAAAACCAAGACGAAGCUCGGUGAGACAAAAACGAAGGAGUUGCCAGGCCCCCGAUACAGCGGCAAGAACGCUGGGAAAGGGGAGACGGCGCCUCUCGCCUGCAAAACCAAGGGGGGGCGCAUUGACUUCAGAGGGCUCUGCGGCAUCGACGUGGCGAACCGGGGUCGGAUUGGCGUGGAGCUCGGGCACCUGCCGCGGAUGGAGGGCAAGAAGUACCGCUGCGGCGAUUGGACGCGCACUGGCAUGAAGGUGGGCGUCGCAGUCCAGAGCGCGGAGGGCGCGCCGAUCUCUCUCGGGGGCAACGGGAGAGCACCCGCGGGAGACGGGCUACUCGCUGCCCAUUUGGCGUGCGCGCCGCGGGCUGCGCGCCACCCGAGUCGCGGAGAUUGCACCGUGGUGCAGGGCAUCUCCAGGGAUUCCAUGGCGUUGUAUUUGGACGAGGUCCGCCGCCGCAUGGCCCAGCUCAGGUGGGAGGAACAGUCUCGCAUCAAGUUCAGGGACGGCACGCUCGUGGAGCUCGAGGAGCGCGGCAUCAGGGCCGAGCGGGCCAGCUGCAAGAAGCCGUUUGACAAGUGCAAGCCUGAGUGCCCUGGCUACCGCCUGCGCUGGAACCGCUGGCCAAUCGUGGUCGAGCGCGGCAACGGGGCCAACAUGGUUCUCAUCCAGCCCCCCUGGGGGGCGAGCAUGGCGGGCGGCGGCGGCGCGCCCCCGAGCGGGGCCCAGUGCGACGAGGCCGUCAGGAAGCACCUCGGCCGCGGUGCGAUCGCCCUGACAGACGGCGCCGACUGCUACGAGGCCUUCGCCGAUGGUGACUUGAUCUGUUCGCCCUGCUGCGACCGCAAUGAUUGCCUCGAGCGCGCGAGGGCAGCGGGGUCCGCCAAGCUAUGCCUGGGGGCGCGGCCGAGGCACGGGCGGGGCCGCUUCCGCGCCCGCUACCGCAGGCUUGUCUUGUCGCACGGCGUGGUGAGCCACAAGAAG